GGGGUCUCGACAGGGAUAUGCGCUUUUAACGGAAGGCACACACGUCAUCGUGCCUUCCUACACAACCGCCUAUCCUUGUCGCUAGAACCCGCCGAUAAACGAGACAUUCCCAAAAGCAACCUCGAGCAGAUGCCCGUGGAGAUGUCUCAACGACUGCCCUCUGCCCAUCCUCACGACGCGCAGUGUCAUGGCGAUUGGCAGCUUCCCUUGCCACUAGGCGCUUAGUCUGCCCAAGUCACUCGCUCGCUCUGACCAACACCCUUUGCCGUCGUCGCCGCCUCACAUCACCCUUGGGUUCACCUGCCCCUGUCAGGUGCGACCAGCGUCGACAUGGAGAAGUUCAAGAAUAAAUUCCUGAACCCUCACCGUCGUUCGCGGCGAGAAGAUGAGAUGGAGAAACUGAGGGAGCCCAAGCUCUCGCCCAUCGCGACAGGCGGAUUCAAGCACUGGGCCGUGGCUUUCAUAGUCUGCAAUUUCAAUGUUGAUAUCGGCCCAGAAAUCGAGAUUCUAUACCCUCCAGAUGUGCCCUUCACGACGGCCGACCUGAGUGCUAUAUGCUUCAACAGUUUCCCUGAACAGCAGAACACAGAGACCGCUGAAGACCUCUGUUACGACUUCGCCAUUACCAACAACUCGCCUGACAUCAAACUGAUUUCGCCAAAUGCCCCUCAUGGUAGCGCCGACACCUUCUACGGCUCAUGUAUCUUCCGUCAAGAGUUCGACGAUACCAUGAAAAGGAGCUUCAAUCAAAGGACAUUGGUCAUGAUUUCCCACCACAACUUCACUUCCUUCCAUCAUCGCAUCUUACAAAAGAUGACAGAGUCAGGACCCCUCAGCGAUCCAACGACUCUAGAGGCCGCGUUCUCACAGAUGAACACAUGGGCACCUCCAGCACUCGGACGCCACGAUCUCCCCUUCAUGGGCAGCAUGUUAACCCUCGACAUCGCACCACAUCGUGCCUUCCCACUUCAAGGACUCCCAGGGCCCACGCCACUAAUCUCCGACAUCCCUCUCUCCAUCUACGCCUAUGAACCCGUCGGCUCCUGGGACAACAUCAUGCACUACAUGCCCUGCAUCACAGACCUCUACGUCUUGUACGAGAAGCUCAUCCUCUGCGAAAGCGUCAUCGUCAUCGCAAAGUCUCCCCAACUAGCCAGCGAAGCCGUCUCCUCCCUCGUCGACCUCAUCUGCCCCGUUCCCUACGCCGGCGUGGUGAAACCCUACAUGACCAUGCAAGCAAACUUCAAAAGCAUCGGCAUCGACGGCGGAACCCCAACCUCCUUCAUCAUCGGCGUCACAAACCCAUUCCUACUCAAACGCAUUGUCGCAGCCGCAGAAGCCAGUCACAAAGCGCGGCCACACAUUCUGUAUCUGCAAAACUUCGACGGCCCCGUCCCAACACGCCGCCACCACUCCCUCCACCACAAAUCCAGCCGCAACGCACUCCUCGACCUCCCCGGCGGUGGCAUAGAAGUCCACACGCCCUCCAAACGUUUCCUAAAAUCCGACACUGCAGUCGUAUCGCAAAUCGAAUCCCUCCUCAAACUCGGUGACCAAACCCGCGAAUUAGGCCCCAUAAUCCGGCGCCACUUCGCCGAGCUCACCGCCCAGUUCAUCGCGCCAAUUAACCGUUACCUCGCUACUUCAAACGUCGUUACGCCCGGUGGCGCCAAUCGGUAUGCCAGUUUCCACGUACCGGAUCUGAUGAGCAGUGUGAGCAAGUAUGGGACGAGUGUCAAGUUUCGCGGGUCGAACCCGCUGCAGAGACAUAGGGCAAGGGAUGGGUUGUAUGAGAGUUUUUGCAAGAGUCCGAGUUUCUACAGUUGGUUGGAGAUGAAGAUUAGUUUGGAGAAUGAGGCGAGUGCGGGGAUGCUUAAUACACCGGUUGCGUCUUCUGCUGGUAGUGGAUGAGAUGGAGUGGAUGGAAUCGUAGGUGUUGUGUCACAGUGGAAGUUGGAGUGAGGUUGGAGGUGGAGAGCGUAAUUUGCAAGAUACCACAAGAUAGAGAGAACAGAAUGUCUGUAUAAUUUUAACGCAUGUUUAACAGU